UCCAAACUUUGGCCAACAUUCCAGUGAGUGUGCGGAGCCCGUCCUGCCAUGCGCGGACUGUAGAGCCUGUUGGAUUUGUUCUCUGCGGCUGUUUUACGCUCAUCGUCAUGGCUCCGUUUGGGAAAAACUUCCUGAAAGCUCGACUGAAAAACAGGACCAAAGAUGCCGAGCCCACAGUUGGAAAGGAGAUUCAGGUCACUGUGUGCAAUGAGGAAAAGGUUGUCUGUGGAGUAACGAAACACACAACAUGUGCAGAUAUGAUCCAAGCAUUGCUAGAGGACCACAAGUCCAUCCCAGAGAGUAAGCGCCUCCUGCAUGGGGAACCCAAAGACUUCUGCCUGGUCGAGCGAUGGAAGGGCUUCGAGCGAGCGCUGCCUCCCCUCACCAGAAUCCUCAGGCUCUGGUUCGCUUGGGGUGACCAGAGACCCUUUGUUCACUUUGUUCUGCUCAAAACCAGUGAUUUUGUUUCCCAGUCUGCUAGAAAGGUGGGGAAGUCCAAGGGGGCUAAACCCAAACGCUGGGAGCACAGUCGCACUCCGCAGUCUCUGCCGGUGGAGAAACAGAAGCGAGUGGUGAAGAAGGCGUUCCGGAAACUGGAGAAACUGCACAAGGAGAACAGGACCUCCCCGGGCGCCGAGGAGGUGGACCGGAUGGUGCAGCUCAUCCUCAACCAGGACCACACCAUCCAGGAGCAGAUCCAGCGCAUGAGGGAGCUGGACUUGGAGAUUGAGCAGUUUGAGGCGCAGUCUGAGAGUGUGUCGACUCAGGCUUGUGGUCAUUUUGGAGUUUGGGGUUUGGAGGCGCAAAGCGAGGAGCAGCUGCAGGAGUAUCUGUACACCAGCGAUGGAGUGGAAGAGCUGGAGCUGCAGGUUCAGCGCCACCAGGACCUCAUCCUCCAUCUGUCCCGGGAAAUCGACGCCGAGCUGCGCAAAGAUGACGAGGAUGACGAGCAGGAUGGAGCUGCCGCCGCUUCCUUCAGCCCCUCUGAGACGGACGAACCGGUCUACGCCGCCGAACUGGAGAAGCUGCAGAGCGAACUGAAACACAGCCUCGUCACCGGCGUGUCCCUCCACAACCAAACAGCAGAAAUAGACAAGCAGCUCAGGUACUUUGAAGCCACGCUGGUCUCCAAGGACCAGGAGUGUUGGCAUUUAGCUGCUCAGCUGAACUCGCUGCAGAUCAUGGACAGCAUGGAGGACAAGUCCGGUCCUGGUCCUCUGAAAAAUGAGAGUGUUUCACAGACGGUGAAACUCAAACACAGCCAGUCGCCUCUGGACGUUACAGACACAGACUCAGACACUGGGAUUAGUUCCACACACAGUCAGGACUCUUUGUCACCGUGUCUCGACUUCCCUCCCCCACUGGACACUGACGUCUGAACGAACCCAGAUGACCCUGCAAUUUAAUGCUGUGUGUGCACUAGAUCCAGUUUAGGCCUCUCUUUUAUCGCCUGUUCUACUGAGUCACAGAGCUAAGCACCUGUUUGUCUGAAAGAUGGAUCACUGGCAAUCCUUCCAGAACAAAAAGUGCCAUUUAACCUGGGUGCGAUUCACUGGGAGGGACCCCUCAAGGCCAUAUAAACCUUCCUCUGUUGAAUGAUUUCUACCCCUGGUUGAGUCCAAACUCCUUCCCCCUCAUAGUGAUCAGUGCUACUUACAAAUAGGCUACAUAAAAUAUCUAACCCUUAUGUCCUCACAGUAUUUUUUUUUUUCCAUAAAUUAACUUCAGCCUUCUCAAAAUGUACUUUAAAUGGAAGUUUAAUUAUUUGAUUAUUGAAUUGUUUAUUACAAAAAACACACACAAAAAAAUAUCUUCCAUAUAUUAUUUCCCAUUACUAUAAUAAAUAGUAAUGGGAUUGGACAUCGGUGGUGAUUAAAGUCUAUGUCAAAAAUGGAAGUUAAUGAGGCAUUUUUGGCCAUAAAGGUGUUAAAAAUACGAAUGCAGUUUGUUUUUUUUUUUUUUUUUUUUUUUUGUAAACUGACAUUUAAUAGCAAUUUUAAGAAAUAAAAUAUAAAAGACAGUAAAAGUAAGACUGAAUUUCAAGAAAUUCAACUAAAACAAAAAGAUUUUGCCAAAAUUCAUGCCACAAGCUGUAACACAAUGAUCCAAAAUGAUCACCAAAUUUAAAAAAAAAAUAAAAAUAAAAAAAAAAAUAGACAAACAUUACAUGCCUGAGGGGGGCAUAAUGGAAUGGGGUUAAUGGAAGUAAAAGAACUGCAACUUCAGAAAACUGCAAUAAAAUCAGAAAUGAACUUUCACUGUGAUCUGGGUGUAAACUGCAAGGGAUUCAGGAAUGUUUAUGGAUGUCUAAAUAAUAACAACAUGAUUUUUUGGGGGUAAAUAAAUAAGAGCUGAAAGGUUGUUUCUGUAAAGAAAUGAUGGAAAUCUGCAAAUUAAAAAGAAUUCUCCCUUUUCCCGGUUAGAUCAGCAGAUAUAGCAUUAAUGAACGUGAUUUUCAUUUUCGUCUUUGUAAUGGGGAAAAGAAAACAACAUAUCACUGGUGAAGUGUACAGGUUUCCACCUAUCUGCAUAUAGGAAUAGGAAUGAUACAUGCUAAAUAAAGUGCCUUAAAAGUAUUGAAUUUGUUGUUGCCCACAAAAAAGUGACCAUGAACUCCUCUGAAAGCCUUGGUGUAGUUUGCCAGUUGAUGUCAGAAGCAUUAUAAUCUCACUAAUGCAGUUUGGGAUACAUUUUUAACAAAUACAAUCAUUAAACACCCCAAAACAUAGACAUUUUUAACAAAACAUAUCCUGAAUUUAACUGUUUUCAACAACAAAUAUGGUAGCUUCAAGUUCAGUCUGAACAAUGCAACACAAAAUUAACCAUUUUCAUUAUUUUAUACAUCUUUUUGUUCAUAUUAAUUUCCAUUUUCUAUCAUUUCUUAUAUAGUAAUGUGUGUAUAACAGUAUAUUAUUCACUGUGGAAUCAUACCAGGGCAAGGUAAUAAUGUCACUGUUGGUUAAUGAUGCAAAAACAGCAGUAAACUUCUAGCGUGCAUUCAUUACAAAAAAAAAAAAACAAAAACUUUUACAUGAUGUAUGUCAGACAAGAACUCAA